AUGCAUCGUUUUACUGAUAUAGAAUCAACUUCCAAACGACUUCCACCUGUUUAUGGCUAUUUAACGCAUCAACUACUACCUCUUCAAAAAGCUCUGGAACCCAUCUUAUCUCAGGUUGAUCAGCUCGAUCGUUUUAGCAAAAUAGCUAAAAACGAAUGCCACUUUCCUUCGCAGCAUGAGCUUACUCGAGAUGAAUCAGCCGCCAUUUAUCUCUACACAAUGGAAUGGGGCGAGAAUAGUUUCUAUCAAGUAAUUAACCGUUUUCUACGCGCUGAAGAUAGGUCAUCUCUAAAGCCGUGGUUUGCUUAUCUUAAGCUAUUUGAUACUGCUGUACACAAAUUACCCACUGUUCGAAAGAAUCUUUGGCGAGGGAUUGCAAAAGACAUAGCGAAGAACUUCAAAAAGGGGGAAGAAUUCACCUGGUGGACGAUUAGUUCAUGUUCAACGUCAGUGAAUACCAUUAAAGACUUUCUUGGACCCGAUUCAACACUAUUCUUGAUUGAAGCCGUGAACGGAAAAGAUAUUUCCGGAUACACGAACUUUCCAACUGAAAGUGAAGUAAUUCUUUGUCCAGGUACACGAUUUCGUGUUGUCAGUGAUCCUCUUGAUCAAGCGCCAAUGCGUGUAGUUCAUUUACAAGAAAUUACCGACGAAACUGAAGGCCAGCUUACAAGUAGUGUUAAUGCGAUGUCAGUAGCAUCCUCCUCUGAAAAAAAAUCGAUGCCGACAGACGUAACGUCUAAAUCAUCUGCAGUGAAAACUGUUACUGAUCAAUGGGGUAAUACAUAUCAGAAAAAGAUUCACAUAUUAUAA